AUGGCGCACGCGUGGAAGACGUCGGCGCGGGCGAGGCGGACGAACGCGAGACGGAUCAUCGAACGGGUGUGGAAUCGUCGGAAAAUGCUCGACGACGCGCGAGGGACGACCGCGGGACGCGCGCGGGGGGCGGAUCGCGUGGGACGGUUGCGAGUGAUUGGAUUUUACCACCCGGCGCACGCGGACGGUGGGGGCGGGGAGCGCGUGCUGUUCGCCGCGAUCGCGAGCGCGCAGCGGGACGCGAAGCGGCGAAGCGCGGAGGCGGAGGCGUCGGGGAGGUCGAGCGAGAGCGCGCGCGUGGCGUUCGUGGUGUACGCGAGCGCGCCGGAUAUGGGGGCGAGGGGUGAUCGCGUGGUCGACGGUGCGGACGUCGUUCGACGGGCGAAGGAGCGGUUCGGCGUGGAGCUCGACGACGACGUGGUGGUGGUGCGGUUGAGAAACGAGAGAUACUCUCGAGCGGAGAACUAUCGAUGGUGCACGAUCGCGAGGCAGUUCUUGGGAAGCGCAUUCCUGGGGUGGGAGGCUCUGUGGGCGUUCACCCCGGAUGUGUUCGUGGAUACGGUUGGGCACGCGGCGACGUAUCCGCUGGCGCGAUACGUCUUUGGAUGCGAGACGGCGGCGUACGUGCACUAUCCCACGGUGUCGACGGACAUGAUCGACCGCGUCGCGGCGGGAAGAGUGAUGUACAACAACAGUGGACGAUUCGCGGCGUCUAAGUUUCUUACUGGUCUCAAGCUCGUGUACUACCGUCUGUUUGCGGUUGCGUACCGGUGGUGCGGACGGGCGUGCGCGUGCGUCAUGGUGAACUCGUCCUGGACGAAAGCGCACAUCGACACGCUCUGGGGUGUGGACGCCAAGAUUGUCUACCCACCGUGUAACGUCGAAGACUUGUCAACAAUUCCGCUCACGAGACCGCUGUUAGACGCCAAUGGGGCGGCUGUGAAGAAGGACAAGGCUUCGAUUCGAGUCGUGAGCGUGGGACAGUUUCGACCGGAAAAGGCGCACUUGGUACAAAUCGCGGCGUGGAAGGCGCUGAAGAAGAUGAAAAACCGAUCAACGAACAUCGAGAAUGCGAUCUUGGUCUUCGUCGGAGGAUGCCGUGACAAAGCCGAUCGCGAGCGCUUGGCUGACUUGAAACAAAGCGUGAAGGAUUUGGAGCUCGAGGACAGCGUGCAGUUUCAUGUCGACGCGCCUUACGAUGUCGUGAGGCGGGAACUCUCUCGUGCAUCCAUCGGACUACAUGCGAUGUUAGACGAGCAUUUCGGUAUUUGCGUCGUGGAGUACAUGGCUGCCGGCGCAAUACCGGUGGCGCACGCGUCCGGUGGACCUCUGCUGGACAUCAUCCGAGACGUACCCAAAGGCGUCACGGGAUUUACGGCGGACACUCCUCAGGCUUUUGCGGAAAUUCUCGAACACGUGAUCAUGAUGCGCCGAGCUGAGCGCGAAGAGAUCGCCGGACGAGCGCGAGAGCGUAGUAAACUUUUCACCGAGGCAAACUUCCGCGAGAGUUUCAUAAACGCGUUGGUAAAUGCAGGAAUCUGGAUGUAA